AUGUUUGUAUCUCGUUUUGUUCGUUCCACUGCCAUUCGCCGUGCAUUGUAUACAACAGAAGCACCAACAGGAUUAAAUGCUGGUGAGAAGCACAUUUAUGAAAAGCUUUCUCAAGCACUUGCUCCACAUAAACUUAGAGUAGCUGACGUUUCAGGUGGUUGCGGUUCCAUGUAUGCUAUUGAUAUUGCUGCUGCCAAAUUUGAAGGUACAAGCAUUGUCAAGCAACACAGAAUGGUGAAUGAUAUCUUGAAGGAAGAAAUCAAGGGAAUGCACGGAUUGCAGCUCAAGACCUCUGCUAAAUAA